AGUUUGAGCGUAAAGAAUGAACAACACUUUCCCUAAAAAAACAAAAGAAGAAAAAUGAACAACACUACAACCUUGUUGCUGAGACGCUGCUUCUGUUGCACAACCAUUCCUUCUUCUUCAUACUUGAAGAAGAAGAAGCCUCUUGUUUUCUUGGGUUCUCCUCAGGUGUCUGCGAAGGUUCUAGAUGCUCUCUUCAAUGCAUCUCAAUCUGAAGAUUCGUCUUUUGAGAUUGCAGCCAUUGUGACCCAACCGCCUUCUCAGAGGAAUAGGGGUAGAAAGGUCUUGCCUUCUGCUGUUGCACAACAUGCCCUUGAUAGGGGCUUCUCUUCUGAUCUCAUUCUUACGCCCGAGCGUGCCAGUGAGGAAUGGUUUUUGGACAAUCUAAGAGCCUUGGAACCUGAACUCUGUAUUACAGCAGCGUAUGGCAAUAUAUUAUCCAACAAGUUUCUAAACAUUCCAAAGCAAGGAACAGUAAAUAUACACCCAAGUUUACUUCCCCUUUAUCGUGGUGCUGCUCCUGUUCAAAGAGCAUUGCAGGACGGUGUUAGGGAAACUGGUGUUUCGUUAGCUUUCACAGUUAGAGCACUGGAUGCUGGACCUGUUAUUGCAUCUCAAAAAAUUGGUGUUGAUGAUGACAUUAAGGCACCAGAGUUACUGGAUGUUCUCUUUGAUCUUGGCUCAAAACUUUUGUUGGAUGAGCUUCCUUCAAUACUUGAUGGAACAGCAAGAACUAAAGCACAACCUCAAGAUGAUUCUGAAGUUACCUUCGCUCCAAAGAUUACUCCUGAAGAAUCAUGGCUAUCGUUUGAUCAAGAGGCUAUUGUCCUGCAUAAUAAGGUACGGGCAUUUGCAGGUUGGCCUGGAACUCGAGCUAGAGUUGUAGUUGUGGAUGCAGCAAAUGCUCAAGAGAAUGUUCUAGAGCUAAAGAUAAUUUCAACAAAAGUUUCCAGCAGUUUGAGUGCUCAGAAUGCUGAGGCAGAUUACGUGGCUUUCAGAAAUGGUGCAUUGAUCUUCACUUGUGGUGGAGGCACAACUUUGGAGGUAGUAGAAAUCCAGCUACCAGGCAAGAAAGUGGUGAACGCAGCUGCAUUUUGGAAUGGGCUGCGAGGUCAAAAGCUAAAGGUUUGUGUAGACAAGGGAGCUGCAAUGCCACAAGCGUAAAAAGUAUGCGCGUAAUCUCUUCAUUUCAUCAGAACAGAAGAAGGGAUAGGCUGCCAUAAGUUGGAUGUACGUGAAGAGUUGAGACUCUGAAGAAGAAGAAGAAAGUAACAGAGGCACUACAAAAAGUGCCAUCCAUAGCUGUAGCAGCAUGCCUCAUUUUCGCCUGGCUGACUGCUCUUGCCAGUAACUCAUUCUUUCAUUUAUUCACACCGUCGUAUUUUCUUAUUCCCGAAACAAACAUCAAUUAGUAACAUGAGCGAGCUUUGGCUGAUGAAUCUACUAUUGUGCUCCAUCUGAGAUAUAAUUCAUCUACUGCCAGUAGAUUUAUGGAUAUUUCUGGGUUUUAUUAUUAACCAGUUCUAAUAACUUUUGUUUAGUCAAUAUCAAUGACAUUAUACUUUGUAGUAAUUGAAUGACUAUAUAUAUAGAUAAUAGAUGGCUCGAUUCUGUA